AUGAGUUGGAGUAGUAGUUGGUUUCCGAAUGAAUUGGUAAUCGAUAUUUUGAAGAGGGUGGAUGAUGGUUCUUGCAUCGUCAGACUCCGUUGCCUCAGCAAAUUAUGGUGUCAAAUUCUGUCACAUCCCAAUUUCAUUCACAGUUUUCUAAGUUUUGACAAUCGAAUGGAUAGCUGCCGACAGAUCAUUGUGAUGCGUACUCGUCUCCAUCGUUUUCGUUGGCAGACAAUGGUGUAUCUUGAUCGUCCUUAUGAAGUUCUUCAUGGCGCCUUCUUCAAGUACAAUUUUGAUUAUACCCCUAAAGAUGAUGAUGAUAUUAAUGCACGUGGAAUGACAUACUCUUUGCUCUCUUACAACAUUAUAGGAGAGCAAAAUGUAUUAGAUGAAAAUGGACUUAAUCCUCCUCCUCCUGAAGUAGUAGUUAACAUUAAUCCUAAUAACUCGAUUAUUGUAGGGAGUUGCGAUGGGAUAUUGUGUAUAGGUAGUCGAAAAAAUGGUCGAGUGGCUGCCUCAUGUUUGAUUUUAUGGAAUCCCACAACUGGAGAAGCCAAGCAAUUGCCUUCAAUUCCUUCAAUUCCCUCUCGCCCUCCUCCUCCUCAUGAUCGUUUCCUUCAACUGCCAAGGUUCCCUACAGUCGACGAAUAUUUGAGUUUCGGUUUUGAUUCAAAGACGAGCGAUUACAAAAUCGUCGUGAUUCUCACCUUGAGAUCUUAUAGACAAUUUUCGGUCGAUGGGAAUGGGUACCAUGAUCAGUUUAGUCAUUCCUCCAAGUUCCCAUUGAUUUGCACUUGGGUUUACAGCAUGAGGGAUGACAAGUGGAGGGAGCUUAGAAUAAGCAGCAAGAUGGCUCUUGAGAAUUCUCCUCUACCCUUUUUUGCUGGGAACUACAAGCUUCUUGUCAACCGUAAUAGCAACAUAACCUCAUGGUUCCAUUCCUGCCACAUGUGUAAAAAAUGCUACAUUAUGAACUUCAACAUGAGCAAGCAAACAUUCAAGCUUGAAACGUUUGGGAUGUAUCAUGACCGGGUUGCUCGUUUUUUAGAUACAGAUCCCCUCGCCAUGGGUCUCGUGUUGAAAAGCAACUCCAUCCUGGCAAUCUAUAAUAUGUUUGAUUGGAAGUUUGUGGAUAAUUUCUUUCAAUAUUAUGAGUUAUGGGGGAUCCUGGACUAUAAGAAGUUGGUUAAUAGAGACUCAUCGUUGUCAGCUUCUUCUGGUAAUUGGAUUAAGUUGUUUAGCUUUGAAGGAUAUUUGAUGCGCCCACUUGUUUCGUCCGAUACGUUCUCUUACAUGACCAGCCUUCCUGGAAUUUGGAAGGACGGCUACUAUUUUUCGAUGGGGGAGAAUGGAGAGCUUAAUCUCUUCAACCCUGAAACCCAACAGCUUAAGCCUCUUCAGGUCGGCCAUGGAGAUAAGGAUUGGCGUAUUUUCGGGAUCGUUGCCUACACCCCAUCUACGAUUUCAUUGUCAGGAUUCAAGCGUGACGGUAUAAGUUUCUUAGACUGCUUUAAUUUCUAG